GCCCGGGCGGGGCCGGAGCGCGGGGGCGGCCCCGGGAGCGCCGCAGUGGGAAGCCAUGGCCAUCCUGUUUGCUGUCGUGGCGAGGGGCACCACCAUCCUGGCCAAGCACGCCUGGUGUGGAGGGAACUUCCUGGAGGUGACGGAGCAGAUCCUGGCCAAGAUCCCCUCGGAGAACAACAAACUCACCUAUUCCCACGGCAGUUACCUGUUCCACUACAUCUGCCAGGACAGGAUUAUUUACCUCUGCAUCACAGAUGACGACUUUGAACGCUCCCGAGCCUUCACGUUCCUGAACGAGAUCAAGAAGCGGUUCCAGACCACGUACGGCUCCCGAGCCCAGACAGCCCUUCCCUAUGCCAUGAACAGCGAGUUCUCCAGUGUCCUGGCAGCACAGCUGAAAUACCACUCGGAGAGCAAAGGCCCCGACCAGGUGGCAGAGACACAAGCCCAGAUCGAUGAACUCAAAGGAAUCAUGGUCCGGAACAUAGACCUUGUGGCGCAAAGAGGGGAGAAGCUGGAGCUGCUGAUCGAUAAAACAGAGAAUCUCGUGGAUUCGUCAGUCACUUUCAAAACAACCAGCAGGAACCUCGCCCGGGCCAUGUGCAUGAAGAACCUCAAGCUCACCAUCGUCAUCAUCAUCGUGUCCAUUGUGAUCCUCUACAUCAUCCUCUCAGCAGUGUGUGGUGGGCUGGCCUGGCCCAGCUGUGUGCAGAAAUAACCAGAGCUGCUGCUGGGCCCUUGGAGAUGAGUCCCAGGAGUGUGAAGAAGCAACCUACGGAAUAACUCACCCGUCACCUCUGCCACCUCCUCAUCCCUCCAUCCCUCCAGGACUUCAGACUUUUUUGCCUUAUCACCCCAGAGGGGCCCAGAGGGAGCUGUGACCUCCAGAGUGGGCUGGGCUGGAUUACUUGAAGGGAUUUCUUUGUUCCUUUUCCUGUCCCCACGAAUGCCUUCCUUCCCUGUGUCCCUGUGGCUUUGCACUCGGAUGGGGAACGGGCCUGGCCUGCCUGUGAGGAUGGAGCCAGAGGGUGGUUUGGGGUGGGCUGAGCCAAACUAACAGGGCAGGGAUGAGAUGGUUUGAGUUUCCACAGUUCCUGGAGAUGCACACCUGGCCACGUGUGGCUCUCAGUGCUUCAACACGGGAAGGUCACGGCUCUAAUCCUGGUGGGAACAAAACGAACGGGGCUUUGUGCACUGAGAGGUGGGAAAUCUCCCUUUUCCCGGGGAGUUUUCCUGCAGGUAGGGGGGUCACCUCAGCGUUUGGAAUGGCUGCCUCUUCAUCCUCACUUCUUCCUCAUCUCCCCCCUUGGUUUGUGGCUGGGUGGGCACAGUAAAGGAGGCGGCUGCUCGUGGUUCCGGCCGCAGUCACGGAUCUGCUUUCUCCCAGGUUAUUUCUCCUGCUGUUCUUUGGAGGGUGGAUUGGAAUGAGUACAAUGCUGGCACUGGCUGGGGUGAAUUUGGGGGCCAAUCUGUUGCUCUGGCUUGAUCAGGUGUCAGGGAGCUGCUGCUUGUGCUUCUCCUCCUGUGAGUGCUAAAACCACAGGACAGAGAAGGGCUGGAGGUGCUGCCUGGGGACUCCGAGGGCUGAGGGAGAAAGGCUCUGCCAGAGGCAGGAAUGGGCUCCUCUGGGAAGAGUUCAAACCAAACCCAAGGCUGAGAACCAAAAGCAGGCUCAGCUGGGCUGUUCCUGUCCCAGCUGCUCCCCUGAAGCACCAGCCAGGCCUGGCUCCUGGGGGAGUGGUGUCCACACUUGUGUCCUGGAGCUGAUGGGCUCCUGUCCCAGAGAAGAACCAGAAACACCCUCCACGUGGGCUCCAAAGGAAUCUGCUCCCUUCAUCCCAGGGAAGUGGGGUGGGGUGGUGGUACAGGAAGGGGUGGCUUCCUUUGGGGACGUGGUUGGUGCUGUGGGGUCCUGGUGACACAGGGAGGGGGGUGAUGUGACACUGCUGCUCCUUCACUGUCACACCCACCCUGCAGCUUCCCAGCAGCUCCCACAGAAAGAGUUCUCUAAACUUGCAGCUCCUUUGGAUUUGUGUUCUGCUGGGCCCAAACUUCACCAAGGGUGAUGGGACUUGGAUCCCCCCCAGUAAGAGAGGCCACUGGCACCUGCCUCUCUCCCUGUAAAUGGAAUGUAAAGCUUGGAGAAAGCCCCCCCUCAGCUCCUGCAGCCCCUGUACAGCUGUGCAUGUUUAGGGGGCCUGGUGUUCACCCUGUUCAUUGCCAUGAUUUCUUGUCUUAUGUACAAACAAUUUUUAAAG